GCAGGCAACUCGGGAGAGCGAAAGGGGCGGGGCCUGGGGGCGGUCAGCUGAUCGCGGGCGGCGCUUGGAGGGUGGAUGGGCCGCUGAGCCGCGAGAGAGUCGGAGGACCCGCCGCCGCCGCCGCCGCGAUGCCCUCGGAAAAAAGCUUCAAGCAGCGACGCACCUUCGAACAAAGGGUAGAAGAUGUCAGACUCAUUCGGGAGCAGCAUCCAACAAAAAUACCAGUAAUAAUUGAAAGGUAUAAAGGAGAGAAGCAACUUCCAGUUCUGGAUAAAACAAAGUUCCUGGUCCCGGAUCAUGUCAACAUGAGCGAACUGAUCAAGAUUAUCAGGCGCCGCCUGCAGUUGAAUUCCAAUCAAGCUUUCUUCUUACUGGUGAAUGGACACAGCAUGGUGAGCGUUUCAACACCCAUCUCAGAAGUGUACGAAAGCGAAAAGGAUGAGGAUGGAUUCCUGUACAUGGUGUAUGCCUCUCAGGAAACAUUUGGUGUGAAACCCUCCGUGUAAACCAUACUCAGUGGCUUGUAGCCUAGGAUAGUUUUUACCCCUCCCUCCCACAGGAAAAAGAAAGGGAUGUUACCAGCCUGCUCACAGUAGUUGUGCUUAGUGGGUAUUCUCAUCGUACCUUGUUUUGUUUGUGAAUAUUUGAACAGAUGAGUGCCAGUAUGGACAAGCAGCCCAGCUUCAUAGAUCUCCUAUAAAAUUCACACCGGCAUUCUUGCUUUAAAGCCUCUGGAAUCCGACUGAAACCAUACCAUGCAUGUUAAGUUGCCAAUAAAAGGGAUGUUUGAAUUGCUCUAAUCAUAGGAACUUGGGCUGUUAAGUAAACUGAAAACAGUUCUGUGUGACAUCUCCUUCUAUUAAGUCCUGUCUCUGCUCCUACAAAACUGCUUUUCCCAGAAAGGGAACCGACAGGAGUUAAGAUCUCUGUGCAUCACCUCCUUAGCCAAGAUCUUUUGCCUUGGUGUUUGGUAAGUCAGGAUGUGUGGUGGAGAGGGGAGGCAAUUUAAUGCCAUGGUACUGCUACUCUAGAAAGUAAAAUAGCAGAUUGCUAAACAUUAUGUAUACCAAACACCACAGCUUUACUCUAGUUUAGGAAGUGUGUAUUUUAAAACUAGGCUAUGCACUUGAGCUAACUAAAAGAAACUUGGCAGUCUAGCAGUCUCUAGUAUUUGGACCAAUAAUCUUGUGCAGUGUAUUAAGUGUCUCUUGCACAAGCCUGCAGGAGCCCUACAGCAGGGCUUACUUUGACCAUUUGUUCAGAGAAAUUGAUUGAAAGAGAACGCAGGACUUUGAGGACAACCAGUUGCAAGAGCAAUGUGAGAGGAGACAGGCACACUGCAAGGUCUUUGCGGUUUCUCUCUCUAACUAGCAUAUUGACCUCUCUUACCUGCCAAGUUCUCAGACUUUGUUGGAAAACAGCACCUUCGUGUUACACCCUUGUUGAGCGUCCUGGUUUGCUUCUGCAGCAACGCCAAGCUGUUUCAACUCAAAGGCACUUUUUAAGUGUCUGCUCGUAAUUUGAAAGCAAGGGUGAAUUUCCCCUUGUGGUAAGACUGUUAAAUGUUUGAAGUUACAGAGAGCGGAUGGGUGCUCUGUCACCAAAGCUUCCUGUCAGAUGCAUGGGGGCAAAACCUUACUCUCACUGUAAACAGGUCACAUCCUAUGCAAAAGCAAAGGACUUCAGUGUCCUGCUUCCAGUUAUUGCACAGUGAAAUGUAGCAGGCAGGCUAGACUUACCCAUGUAUAUUAGUGUGUAAAUUUAACUACAUCCAUUGUAGCAAGCUAACUUUCACUAGGGGGAGAGGAGAGCAAUGCUAUCUCUUGGCACGCUGUAGCACAUCAGUAAGAGAAGCAGUCUGUACCUUCUGCAUGCAUCUGUUCAGUACUUGCUUCUAACUUUUAAACUGUUCACUGUGAGCUUUCAUUUCACUGUAAAAUGUUAAACAGCCUGUCCUGUUCAGUUUGAGAUUUUUCUUCAUGAUAGCCAUCUUAAUUGAUCCAUGGUCUAUUCCUGUACAAAUGUUUUUUAAAAGUGCUGAUAUGAUUGCAUCCCAGUUUGAUUAGACAUUGUGGUAAUCUACAAGCCCCUCUUCAGACUGCUUCUAGCACUAUGUACCAAGACCAGUAGUGUUGCAGAAUGGAAAGAUCUUACAGCAAGAGCUUGUGUGGCCAUAUUAAACACGCUGCCGGGGGGUGGGGCAGCACAGGCACUGUCCUCCUUGGACAGGGGGAAAAUCUGGCCUGUUUUCCAAGUUUGGAGAAAGCUGGAUUCCAAAUGGUUCACUGAAGAAAUGCAUAGGAGGCACAGCAUUCGAAGAGCCUCCUGGCAGAUGAGGCUGGCUGGAGUGUGGCCCUUGUGCAGACAAGCGGUGGGAUGGCUCUGCUGUAGCUGCCUCCAGCCCCCACUUCUGAGGCAAUUCCUGUUCUGUUAGGCUUUGGUUAAGCCUGCUGAACGCAGAGUGAGCUUGAUUAUAUUCUUUAGCUUCCAAAUGAAAAGGGAAAGAAAAUGUAUUAAACUCUAUGUCUGAAAAGACACUA